GCCCUGCCGCGGCCCCCCCCCGGCGGCCCCCGCCGCGGCCUCGGCGCACGGGAAGCGGCUAUUGUGUGUGCGGAAACCGGGGCUGGCGCGGCCGCCCCCGGGGCCGGGACCGGGGCCGGGACCGGGGCCGGGACCGGGGCCGCUCCGCUCCGCCGCCAUGAAGCCCCGCGGCGCCGUGGGGACGCUGCUGCGGGCGCUCGGCCGCCGCGACGCCACCGCCACCGCCACCGCCACGGGCGGGCAGGCGCCGGAGCCGCACAGCUUCAGGGAGAAGGCGUUGAGGAAGAGGAGGGCGUGCGCCGCCUGCAAGGAGCCCGUCGAGGCCCAGGGGCUGCUCUGCAGAGUGUGCAAGAUCGCCAGCCACAAGCGAUGCGAGGCCAAGGUGACGUCGCCGUGCCAAGCGCUGCCCCCCCCUGAGCUGAGGAGGAACACGGCCCCCGCGCGGCGCAGCGAGAACCUGGGCUCCACCAAGUCCCUCAACUCCGCCAGGCAGCGCAGCACCCUGCCCAGGAGCUUCAGCCUGGACCAGGUGAUGGAGCGCAAGUUCGACUUCGACCUCACCUACAUCACGGAGCGCAUCAUCUCCGUCUUCUUCCCCGCGGCGCUGGACGAGGGCCGCUACCGCGCGCACCUCCGCGAGGUGGCCCACAUGCUCACCUCCCGCCACCAGGACAAGUACACGCUCUUCAACCUGUCGGAGAAGCGCCGCGACAUCGCCCGCCUGAACCCCAAGGUGCAGGAUUUUGGCUGGCCGGACCUGCACGCGCCGCCCCUGGACCGGCUCUGCUCCAUCUGCAAGGCCGUGGAGGGCUGGCUGCGGGCGCACCCCCAGCACGUGGCCGUGCUGCACUGCAAGGGUAGCAAGGGCAAGACGGGCGUCAUCGUGGCGGCCUACAUGCACUACAGCAAGAUCUCGGCCAGCGCCGACCAGGCCCUGGGCACCCUCACCAUGAGGAAGUUCUGCGAGGAGAAGGUGGCCGCGGCCCUGCAGCCUUCGCAGCGCAGGUACAUCAGCUACUUCAGCGGGCUGCUCUCGGGCGGCAUCAAGAUGAACAGCGACACCCUGUUCCUGCACCACGUCGUGGUGCCCGCGCUGCCCGGCUUCGAGCCCGGCGCCGGCUUCCAGCCCUUCCUGAAGAUCUACCAGUCGAUGCAGCUCGUCUACACGUCGGGCGUCUACUGCACCUCCAGCACCCAGAGCCUCUGCAUCACCCUGGAGCCGGCCCUGCUGCUGAAGGGCGACGUGAUGGUGAAAUGCUACCACAAGCAGAGCCGCGGGGCCGAGCGCGCCGUGGUUUUCCGGGUGCAGUUCCACACCUGCACCGUGCACGGCACCCGCCUCCGCUUCGGCAAGGACGAGCUCGACGAGGCCUGGCGAGACGAGCGCUUCCCCUUCGAGGCCAGCGUGGAGUUCGUCUUCUCCUCCAGCCCCGAGAAGAUUAAAGGCUGGGACCCGCUGCGCAACGGCCCCGCCGUCACCGUCGACUACGGCAUCUCGGACCCGGCCGUGCGCUGGGACUCGUACGAGGGCUUCAACGCGCGCCACGAGGACAGCCUGGAAGAGCUGUCGCACACGCGGGGGCCGCUGGACGGCAGCCCCUACGCCCGGGUGCAGAAGAAGCGGCCGGGGGGGGCGGCGGGCGAGCCGGGCCCCCCCAGCGCCGCCGAGCGCCGCGAGCUCGCCCGCCUGCUGGGGGGCUUCGGCUUCCCCCCCGCCGAGCCCCCGGGCCCCGAGGAGGAGGCGCCGGCGCCGCGGCCCUGCCGCCGCCGCUGCUCCUGCCGCCCGGCCCCCCCGCCGCCCCCCCCGGGCGCCGCCAGCCCCGAGGGCCCGCGGCGCCGCGCCGACGGCAGCCCCGAGCCCCGGCGGCCCGGUCGCACCGGCUGCCCCGAGUCGCCGGGCUGCGGCUGCCGGGAGCGGCCGCCGCCGGAGGAGCCGCCGCCGCCGCCGCUCUGCCCGUGCCGCGACUGCCGGGGCCGCGGCGAGGGGCUGGCGGCCGCCGCCGCUGCCUUCUACGGGCUGCGGCUGGAGCGCGGCGCCGAGCCCUGGGGGGGCCCCGCCCGCCCGCCGCCCCCCCCCGCCGCCGCCGCCGCCGAGGGGCUCGAGGCCGCCGCUUGCCCCCGCUGCGGCCGCUCGGGGCCCGGCUGGGUGCUGCCGCCGCCGCCGCUGCUGCUGCUGCCGCCCCGGCUCGGCCCCCCCGACGCCCCCCCCGCCUGCGGCCGCCUGGGCUACGAGGCGCCGGGCUUGGAGGCCCGCGAGGGCUACGGCAUCCCCGGGCAGCCGGGCCCCCACGAGCGGAGGAGCCCGGGCGAGGGGGGGCCGUGGCGCGGGAGCCCCGACUGCCCCAGCUCGCUGCGGUGGGCCCCGGCCGCCAGCCCCCCCGCGCCAGAGCCGCCGGCCCCCCCGGCCCGCAGCCCCCCCGGCAGCCCCCCGCUCAGCACCCAAGGGUGCCCCGACGGCGGCGAGGCGCCGGGCUCCCCGACACCCGCCUUCCCGCCCGCCGCCGCGUACUGCGAGCCGCCGGCCCCGCAGCCCCCCCUGCCCGAGAAGCGGCACCCGCCGGCCCCCCCGGCCCCCCCCGAGCCCCCCCGGCCGGAGGCGCCCAGCACCGUCCGGUUUGUGCAGGACACGUCCAAGUUCUGGUACAAACCCGGCCUCUCGCGGGACCAAGCCAUCGCCCUGCUCAAGGCCAAGGAGCCGGGCGCCUUCCUCAUCCGCGACAGCAACUCCUUCCAGGGCGCCUACGGGCUGGCGCUCAAGGUGGCCGCGCCGCCCCCCAACUGCGUCACCCACGGCAAGGGGGACCCCCAGGAGCAGCUGGUGCGGCACUUCCUCAUCGAGACGGGGCCGCGGGGCGUCAAGAUCAAGGGCUGCCAGAACGAGCCCCACUUCGGGAGCCUGCCCGCCCUGGUGCUGCAGCACUCCAUCACCCCCAUCUCCCUGCCCUGCGCCCUCCGCAUCCCCAGCAAAGACCCCCUGGAGGAGAGCCUGGAGGUGCCCGUGCCCCCCAACAUGAGCACGGCCGCUGACCUGCUGCGCCAGGGAGCCGCCUGCAGCGUGCUGUACCUGAGCUCGGUGGAGACGGAGUCGCUGACGGGGCCCCAGGCCGUGGCCAAGGCCACCAGCACCGUCCUGGCCGCCAGCCCCCGCCCGCCCGCCUGCACCGUCCACUUCAAGGUGUCCGCGCAGGGCAUCACCCUCACCGACAGCCAGCGGAAGCUCUUCUUCCGGCGUCACUACCCCGUCAGCAACGUCACCUACUGCAACACGGACCCCCAGGACCGCAGGUGGGCGAACCCGGACGGCACCACCUCCAAGAUCUUCGGCUUCGUGGCCAAGAAGCCGGGGGCCCCCUGCGAGAACGCCUGCCACCUCUUCGCCGAGCUGGACCCCGAGCAGCCCGCCUCCGCCAUCGUCACCUUCAUCACCAAGGUCAUGCUGGGCACCCACCGCAAGUGAGCGGCCCCCCUGGCCGGGGCGGGGGGGGGGGCCGUGCCGCCGGCCCCCCCGGGCUGCUCCUGCCCACCCACCGGGAACGUAGGCAGCGUGCGAAGGGGGCUAGGAUGGAUUGGGGGGGGGAUGCAGGGCUGCCUGGGCCCCCCCGGGAAGGGCUAGCUGCCCCCCAAAUUGCCCCCCCCCCGGGGGAGGGCAGCCCCCAGGGCCGGCCCCCCCCCACGCCGCGGCUGGGCCUCGCCGCCCAGCCGGGUGCUAAUAAAGCAGAGAGCCUCUA